GAGGCGGGUGCUGGAAUGCCAUUCAACAAAACCCUUCCCUGCAUUCAUCCCCUUUCAUGCUGAUCAGGGAAGGAAGGGCUGAUAGUUUAAAAUUGGACCCCUCUUCCUGGACGGCUUGCUAUCUAGCUAGCUAGGUUAAAUCUUCAUAUUAGAAAAAUGGCGGCGGGUAGCGUCAACCCGUUUAAUCUGAGCGAUUCUGAAGAUGAGGCAGAGCAGAGACCAGAGAACGGGGUUGAUGCCGAAAGGAGCCUUAGCGAUGGAGCGCCAGGGCUCCCGUCCAACAACCCCUUCUCCCCGCAGGCGGACGCCGAGCCCCCGGCCCUUCUGCUGUUCAUCACCCGGACCAGUCCAAGUGUGGAAGGCAUCUCGGCAGCAGCCGCAGAUGCCGCAAUGGCAAGCGGCUUGGCAGAGACUCGGGUAUCUGUAGAUAUGAUUGCUGCUCAGCUAAUACGGGAUCAAUACAUCCUCACCGCUCUUGAAUUUCAUACCGAAUUGUUGGAGUCCGGGAGGGAGCUUCCCCGGUUGCGGGAUUAUUUCUCCAACCCGGGCAAUUUCGAGAGGCAAAGCGGCACUCCACCAGCUUGUAAAGACCAAGGACUGGGGCCAGGUGGACCGCUAAACCGAGCGGGCAGCAUCAGCACGUUGGACUCUCUGGACUUCGCCCGUUACUCUGACGACGGGAACCGGGAGUCGGACGAGAGGGUGGCAGUGCUGGAGUUUGAGCUACGGAAAGCCAAGGAGACCAUUCAGGCUCUACGCGCCAACUUGACUCAGGCAGCAGAGGGUGACACUCAGGAGAGAAACAAGAACUACAAAUCAGAUCCUGAGAUUCAGGAACCUAUCCGCCCACUGGAGAAGCGAGCCUUAAAUUUUCUUGUGAAUGAAUAUUUAUUAAAGAAUGAGUGCAAACUGUCGGCCAUCACAUUCUCUGAUGAAAAUGAUGACCAGGACUUUGAGUUGUGGGACGACGUGGGCCUGAACAUUCCGAAGCCUCCCGACCUAUUACAGAUCUACAGGAACUGUGGCUCCGCCCUUCCGUCGCCACGGGAUACAGUGGAUAUAUCCGUGGGGGUGGAGUCAGGCGAGCUCACUGGGAACUACAUUGUCCAGAAACCUGAUCUCUUGCAGCAGCAGCAGACUGAGAUGGUUGAGGAGUUCGAGUAUCAGAUCAGUCUACUGAACGAGGAAAAACAGAGUCUGGCUGACCAGGUCAAGAAACUACAGAGUGAGAUCCAAAGCCUGAGAAGGACAGUGUCCCCCCCUCCUCCUGACCAGGGCUCACAUCUCAACUCCCUCUCCUCCUCAUCCUCACCUCCCCCUCCCCGGCCCCCCCUGGACAACGGUCAGUACCUGGACAUCAGGAGAGCCUCAGAACCUGACAAGCCCCACACUGAGAGCAACCCCCCCACUCAGACCGUCAGUUCCCCUACACACACCUCUACACAACCCCAUGCCAAGCUAAAGUGCAGAGGGACGGUGGUGUUUGACCAGCCCAACAGGAAGUUGUCACCAGCGUUCCAGCAGGCCCUGUUGUCCUUUUGUAAGAUGUCAGCUGACAGUCGUCUGGGGGCAGAGGUGUCGAGGAUAGCAGACAAUGAGGAGAGUGUGAUGCUGAUGUUGGGUCGCUGUCUCCCUCACAUCGUCCCCAAUGUCCUCCUGGCCAAACGAGAGAGAAUGGUUGCACACCUGUGCCAGGAGUUGAUUCCUCUCAUCCUGUGUACGGCGUGUCUCCACCCAGAGCCUAAAGAGAGAGACCAGCUCCUUCACAUCCUCUUCAAUCUCAUCAAGAGACCUGACGACGAACAGAGGCGGAUGAUCCUAACAGGUUGUGUGGCGUUUGCCAGACAUGUUGGACCUACCAGAGUUGAGGCUGAACUCCUACCACAAUGCUGGGAACAGAUCAACCAUAAGUAUUCAGAGAGAAGGUUGUUGGUAGCAGAGGCCUGUGGAGCCUUAGCACCUUACCUGCCUAAGGAGAUACGUAUUUCCCUGGUGUUGUCCAUGCUGCAGCAGAUGCUGGCUGAAGACAAGGCAGACAUGGUCAGAGAGGCUGUGGUCAAAAGCCUCGCUAUCAUCAUGGGAUACAUCGACGACCCUGACAAGUACUCCCAGGGUUUUGAGUUGAUGUUGUUGUCCCUCGGUGACCCAUCCGAGAGGGUGGUCAGUGCUAUCCACCAGGUGUUCAUCCCAGCAUUCGCUGCCUGGACCACAGAGCUGGGAAUCCUCCAGACCACUCUCUUCCCCUCUCUGCUGGCCCGCAUAGAGAAACUACUGAAGCAGGGUGAACAUGGUCUUGAUGAACACAAGCUCCACAUGUUCCUGUCGGCCCUCCAGUCUCUCAUCCCUCCUCUGUUCUCUGUGGUGAUCCAGAACGCUCCCUUCACACACAGAGUUAACCUGCAAGGAGACAUUCCCCCCAUAGAGGUGACGCGGUUCCCUCGGCCAGCGUCUCCUCUUCAGGAUGUAGCGACUGUCGUGGGCAGCCGGGAGAUGCUGGGCGGCCUCCUCAUCCUCUAUGAUUACCAGCUAGAACAUGAGGGCACUACGGGCUGGGACAGUAUGCUGUGGGUGGUCAAUCAACUUCUUCCCCAGCUGAUAGAGAUAGUAGGUCGUAUUACUGUAACCUCCACUACGUGUGUCCAUGAGUUCUCACGUUUCUUCUGGAGACUCUGCCGCACGUUUGGCAAGAUCUUCACUAACACUAAGGUAAAACCACAGUUCCAGGAGAUCCUACGGCUCUCUGAAGAGAAUGUUGAUGCUUUAACCGGGAAUGCUGUCCUGAUCAAGGCUACAGUUCCAGUCUAUGCUACAGGUGUACUGACAUGCUACAAUCAGGAUGAGGAUCGUAAGCUGCUGGUUGGUUUUCUAGAGGACGUCAUGACGACCCUGUCUCUCUCCCACGCCCCCCUGGACAGCCUCAAAGCCUCCUUCAUAGAGCUGGGAGCUAACCCAGUGUACCAUGAAUUGUUACUGACAGUGCUGUGGUAUGGGGUGGUCCAUACCUCGGCACUGGUCCGCUGUACCGCUGCAUGCAUGUUUGAGCUGCUGGUGAAGGGGGUGAAUGAGACGCUGGUGGCUCAGAGGGUGGUGCCCGCUCUCAUCACUCUCUCCAGUGACCCUGAAAUUUCAGUUAGGAUAUCUACUAUCCCUGCCUUUGGUACCAUCAUGGAGACAGUCACACACAAAGAGCUGUUGGAGCGUGUGAAGAUGCAGCUAGCGUCGUUCCUGGAGGACCCACAGUACCAGGACCAACACUCUCUACACAUGGAGAUCAUCAGGACCUUUGGCCGGGUCGGACCCAACACUGAGCCACGCUUCAGAGACGAGUUUGUGCUCCCCCACCUCCACAAGCUGGCGUUGGGUAACAAUGCCCAGGCUACAGAGAGGAAGAGGAUAGACAUCGCUACUCAGCUGUUUGAGGCCUACAGCGCUCUCUCAUGCUGCUUCAUCUCAGAGGAGCUUAUGGUGAAUCACUUCCUGCCUGGCCUGAGGUGUCUGAGGACGGACAUGGAACGGCUAUCUCCUGAACACGAGGUGAUCCUGAGCUCCAUGAUCAAGGAGGGGGAAACGAAGGUAGAGAACAGAGGGAUCGGACAGGCUGAGGGAUCUGUGUCCAUCGCUGCCAGUCUGGUUGGGGAAGACGCCAAGACCAAGUUCCUGAGUAAGAUGGGUCAGCUGACCACGUCCGGCGCCAUGCUGGCCAACGUUUUCCAGAGAAAGAAGUGAUCCUCCUUCCGCCGCCGAACCGCCUAGCAGCAAGCCCACUACAUAUCCCAUGAGCCUCCAUUGUGUGCGAGCGCCAGUCCAGGCUCCAACGAUGGGCCAGAUCAGGGUCUCUGCUCGAACGCCUUCGGAAUGCUUCCUACACUCCUCCCUGACUGGACGGGGGACAGCACUGAGCCCUAGGAAGAAAGGAAGGAAGGGUGCCCUUUUUUACAUAUUUGAUCAGGUCCAGGGUGUAUGUCAAUAGUCUGAAGUGGUUUCCUCUCCUCGUCUCAAGGAGAGAAAUUCAUUAUUAUACUAUUGAGAUACAGCCACUAAGAUUUGGCCAACUGGGUUUGUUUUGGAAUUUUUACAGGUGCCAUGUUGGCACCAAAAGCUUUCUGAACGUUCCAGUCUAGUUAGAAUUUUAGUGGCGUUCUUUGUCAGAAUGUGAUUGUUCCGGAACCUUUGUGUCAACAUGGAGAGGAGUAGCUAACUAACUGACGUCUGUAUGUUCAUGGCUCUGGGGAAUUGCCUACUUGAAGUGAAAAUUGUCUGUUGUAUUUCAUCACGUCUCUCGUUGUUUUGAUAUUAAUUAAUGAUUUAAGACUUAAUUCCUCCAAAGAAAUCUGCACUUCAGUGUUUUAUUACUUUCUCUUUAUUAUGUUUUGAUUUCAGAGUCUUAUAAUGGAGGAUGUACAUCCACAUCACUACCUUUCAUUGGAUUUGUUGUUUUUCUGUUGGAAAUGUGAGGGCAAAGAGAAGAACACUAAUUGUCUUCCUUAAUCCCUCCAUCCAUCCAUCGCUCUCUCUCACUCUCACUCUCCUUUUCUGUCUCGUUCUGCCUCUGCGUGUUUCAGUGUCUCUGGUGGUUAUUUUCUAAAGUGGCUGUUUAAUUUUUGUUGAAUUAUUUUCUCUUUGGGAUCAUUUUAAUUACAUGUUAUGCUCUACAAGUAAGCUGUAUGAUACACUGAAAUGAAGGCGGGAUCCAUAUUAUUAUGUACAUUUGAAAUUGGUGUCAUGAAAUAAUAAAACACAAAAUAAACAAUUGUGUACUCAUGUA